UCCUCUGCAAUGCAUAAGGCGACCUUACUCUUUGUGGUGGGCGUGGCUACUUUCGUGGUCGGUGACGUCAGCUUACACCAACAUCAUUCAUCUGAGCAUCAUGCCAGCGCUUCUCAACAUCACCAGGAACAUCAUGUAAGCCAUGGGAGCAUUGGAAGUCGUGGGCAUGUUGGAAGUCAUGGGCACGUUGGAAGUCAUGGACACCAUGUUAGGGAUCAUGGAAGCCAUAGACUCCACGUUGAGGAUCAUGGAAGCCAUGGGCAUCACGGAAUUCAGGGGCAUCAUGGAAAACAUGGGCAUCACGGAAUUCAGGGGCAUCAUGGAAAAUUUGGGCAUCACGAUGGCUACGCUCAUGAGGAGUAUGAACAUCAACCUGCUCACUACAACUUCAACUAUGCUGUACACGACGAGCACUCGGGCAACCACUUUGGCCACGAAGAAUCCCGGGAUGAAUACAAGACCGAAGGCGAAUACUUCGUCCACCUCCCCGACGGACGCAUCCAGACAGUCACUUAUUACGCUGACGAGACAGGAUACCAUCCCGAGGUCUCCUACCAAGGAGAAGCCCACUACGACGCCCACGGCCGUGACCACCGCCAAGGCCCACACCACGCUGGGUAUCAUGCCCCUGCCAAGUCCUACCACACACCAGAACCAGCCUAUCACUGAUAUUGAAAUUUAUUAUUAUUAUAUUAUAUUAUAUUAUAUACGGA